UGCGAGUCCCAUGCCAGGGCUGCUGCCCUGGAUUUCGCCCGUCGUUUUCGCCUCUACCUGGCCUCCCACCCCCAGUACGCAGGGCCUGGGGCAGAGGCGGCCUUCUCCCGCCGGUUUGCUGAGCUCUUCCUGCAGCACUUCGAAGCUGAGGUGGCCCGGGCCUCCGGCUCCCUCUCGCCGUCAUCCGUCCAGGCCCCCCUGAGUCCUGGCCUGGAGGUCCCAACACCUCACGACCUGUCCCUUGAGAGCUGCAGGGUGGGCGGGCCCCUGGCUGUGCUGGGCCCUUCUCGAUCCUCUGAGGACCUGGCCGGCCCCCUCCCGUCCUCAGUCUCUUCCGCAACAACGUCCUCGAAGCCGAAGCUCAAGAAACGCUUUUCCCUCCGCUCAGUGGGUCGCUCUGUCCGAGGUUCAGUGCGCGGCAUCCUGCAGUGGCGGGGGGCCGGCGAGCCUCCAUCCCCAGCCGGGGCCCUGGAGACCUCAUCAGGUCCCCCAGUCCUGGGUGGAAACAGCAACUCCAACUCCUCAGGCGGGGCUGGGACUCUGGGUAGGGGACUGGUCAGCGACGGCCCGUCCCCUGGGGAGAGGUGGACUCACCGCUUUGAGAGGCUGAGACUAAGUCGGGGUGGGGGGACCUUGAAGGACGGAUCAGGGAUGGUGCAGAGGGAGGAGCUGCUGAGUUUUAUGGGGGCCGAAGAGGCUGCCCCUGAUCCAGCUGGAGUGGGCCGGGGAGGAGGGGCAGCCGGUGGGGGAGGCCAGCCUCAGUGGCAGAAGUGUCGCUUACUGCUGCGAAGUGAAGGAGAAGGAGGAGGAAGCCGCCUGGAGUUCUUUGUGCCGCCCAAGGCAUCCCGGCCCCGGCUCAGCAUUCCCUGCUGUACUAUCACGGAUGUUCGGAUGACCACAGCCCUGGAGAUGCCAGACCGGGAGAACACGUUCGUGGUUAAGGUGGAAGGGCCCUCGGAGUACAUCCUGGAGACAGCUGACGCUGUCCACGUGAAGGCCUGGGUGUCCAACAUCCAAGAGUGCCUGAGCCCAGGACCCUGCCCUGCUACCAGCCCCCGCCCCAUGACCCUCCCUCUGGCCCCUGGUACCUCCUUCCUCACAAAGGAGAACACAGACAGCCUGGAGCCACCCUGCCUGAAUCACUCAGAGAGUCUGCCCAGCCAGGACCUGCUGCUGGGGCCCAGCGAGAGCAACGACCGCCUGUCACAGGGGGCGUAUGGGGGCCUGUCCGAGCGGCCCUCCGCAUCCAUCUCCCCCAGCUCAGCCUCCAUCGCAGCCUCCCACUUCGACUCAAUGGAACUGCUCCCUCCAGAGCUGCCCCCCCGCAUCCCCAUUGAGGAGGGCCCCCCGGCAGGGACCGCUCAUCCUCUCUCGACCCCCUAUCCUCCUCUGGACACCCCGGAGACAGCCACAGGAUCCUUCCUGUUCCAGGAGUCGGAGGGAGGGGAGGGGGACCAGCCCCUCUCGGGGUACCCGUGGUUCCACGGCAUGCUCUCGCGACUCAAGGCCGCCCAGUUAGUGCUGGAAGGAGGCGCCAGCUCCCACGGGGUCUUCCUGGUUCGGCAGAGCGAGACGAGGCGGGGCGAAUAUGUCCUCACUUUCAAUUUCCAGGGCAAGGCCAAGCACCUGCGCUUGUCGCUGAACGAGGAGGGUCAGUGCCGGGUCCAGCACCUGUGGUUCCAGUCCAUUUUCGAUAUGCUUGAGCAUUUCCGGGUGCACCCCAUCCCGCUGGAGUCUGGAGGCUCCAGUGACGUUGUCCUUGUCAGCUAUGUGCCCUCCCAGCGGCAGCAGGAAUCGAACACCUCCCAUGACCCGCCCCAGCCCCCUGCACCCCCUUCAUGGACAGAUCCCCCACAUCCUGGGGCAGAAGAGGCGUCGGGGGCACCAGAAGUGGCGGCAGCCGCAGCCGCAGCAGCCAAAGAGAGGCAAGAGAAAGAGAAAGCGGGCAGUGGAGGGGUCCCGGAAGAGCUGGUCCCCGUGGCUGAGCUGGUCCCCGUGGUUGAAUUGGAAGAGGCCAUAGCUCCAGGCACAGAGGCCCAGGAUGGCGCUGGCUCUGGUGGGGACACCGGGGUGGCCCCAAUGGUACAGCUCCAGCAGUUACCACUAGGGGGAAACGGAGAAGGGGGCCACCCCAGAGCCAUUAAUAACCAGUACUCCUUUGUGUGAGCUGCCCUUUCCCUGCUCCCCAGCCCUGGUUCUUGAGAUGGGGCGGAGGGGAGACAGAGGAGAGGCAGGAGCCCCCCCACGCCUUCUGGGCCCUUGACCGCCAAGGGCAUAUACAGCGUGUUGGUACAAGCAGCGGUUCCAGGCCCCUGAACUCCCUGGUUCGUACACUACAGGUGCCCCUUCCCUAGGCAGGGGAUUUGGGCUCCAUUACCUCCCUGAGGGGCUCUCCAGCCAGCCCCACCUCUGGGGGUCAUUUCCCCCAAACCACCCCACUCACCCAAGCAAGGGCGAGGGGGAAGGGCUGUCAGUUACAUUAAGGUUGUUGUUGUUGUUGUUUUAAACAAAAUGGAGAAGCAUAAAUAAAUAAAGGGGUUUAUCUCAGUUUCGGGGUGAUGGCUGUGGUUGUGCUUGCAGGGGGCCUGGGUGGGCCGGUCCAUGUGGUCAGGCCAGCAUCCCAGGGCCUGUCUGGCUCCCUGACUGAAAAGUGGG